GAUGGCGGACAUCCUACUCCGAGAAGAGGACCUCAAGUUCGCCUCGACCAUGGUCCACACCCUCAACACCAUCCUGCUCACCUCCACCGAGCUCUUCCAGCUGCGGAACCAGCUCAAGGACCUGAGGACACUGGAGAGCCAGGACCUGUUCUGCUGCCUGUACCGCUCCUGGUGCCACAACCCCGUCACCACGGUGUCCCUCUGCUUCCUCACCCAGAACUACCGGCACGCCUACGACCUCAUCCAGAAGUUCGGGGACCUGGAGGUCACUGUGGACUUCCUCACGGAGGUGGACAAGCUGGUACAGCUGAUCGAGUGCCCCAUCUUCACAUAUCUGCGCCUGCAACUGCUGGACGUGAAGAACAACCCGUACCUGAUCAAGGCCCUCUACGGCCUGCUCAUGCUGCUGCCCCAGAGCAGCGCCUUCCAGCUGCUCUCCCACCGGCUCCAGUGCGUGCCCAACCCCGAGCUGCUGCAGACCGAAGACGGUCUGAAGGCAGCCCCCAAAUCGCAGAAAACGGACUCCGCCAGCAUCGACUAUGCAGAGCUGCUGCAGCACUUUGAGAAGGUCCAGAAGAAACACCUGGAAGUGAGGCACCAGCGGAGUGGGCGCGGGGAUCACCUGGACCGCAGGGUUGUUCUCUGACAGGCCUGGCGUGGAGAAGGGCCCAGGAGUGGUCCCGUGGAGCACUGGGAUCCUCAGGCCCCUUCCCAUCGAGCCUGACGACCUGCCUCGGGAGCAGGGCUGGCCCUGCCACAGCCCAGGGAUGGGAGCAGGGGUGAGGCUGCUGUCUACCCGAACUCCUCUCCACCCAGCCCCCUGGACCCCGCGCUGUCCAGCAUUCAGAUAGAGCUGGCUUCCGACCAGGGUGGGGCCACGGCCUCAGACAACACCUAUCCUCUGGAAUGGUCUCUUUCUAGCACCCUCUGUGAAAGAGCUUGACCUCCCGGCCCACCAGAGCCCUGGCCUCAUGCGAUGUGUGUAUACGGAGCUGUGUGCACAUAGGGGCCAGCACAGAGGUCCCUGUGAAUGAUGCAUUCCCUGCCCCAAUAAAGAAAUGACAGGAAACCCUCA